ACAACCAAUAGGCUGGGGUGGUCACCGGCUGUUGCCCAGCUAUGGCCAGCCUGCUCCGGGCUGCAACUUGGGGGAUGUUCCCCUGGAGGGGCUACUGCUCCAGGGGGACUCAGGGUGAACUCAGCGAGGGCUUUGUGGAGGCUUUGAAGGCAGUUGUGGGGAGCCCCCAUGUGACUACUGCUGCUGUGGUCCGGGAGCAGCACGGGCACGAUGAGUCAAUGCACAGGUGCCAACCUCCGGACGCCGUGGUGUGGCCCCAGAAUGUGGAGCAGGUCAGCCGGCUGGCAGCCCUGUGCUAUGGCCAAGGCGUGCCCAUCAUCCCAUUCGGCUCGGGCACCGGGCUUGAGGGUGGAGUCUGUGCCGUGCAGGGCGGCGUCUGUGUCAACCUGACCCACAUGGACCGAAUCCUGGAGCUGAAUCCGGAAGACUUCUCUGUGGUGGUGGAGCCCGGCGUCACCCGCAAAGCCCUCAACUCCCACCUGCGCGACAGCGGCCUCUGGUUCCCUGUGGACCCAGGUGCAGACGCCUCUCUCUGCGGCAUGGUGGCCACCGGCGCCUCGGGCACCAACGCUGUGCGCUACGGCACCAUGCGCGACAACGUGCUGAACCUGGAGGUGGUGCUGCCGGGAGGGCGGCUGCUUCACACCGCAGGCCCGGGACGUCACUUCCGGCUCAGCUCCCCACCUGGCUUCUGGCCACAAAUCCGUCGUCACGUGGCCUGGCACUCACCUACCUCAUGUCCCCGGGGAACCAGGAAGAGCGCAGCUGGCUACAACCUCACUGGGCUGUUUGUGGGCUCCGAGGGGACGCUGGGCCUCAUCACGGCCGCUACACUGCGCCUGCACCCUGCCCCUGAGGCCACGGUGGCUGCCACCUGUGCCUUCCCCAGCGUCCAGGCGGCCGUGGACAGCACCGUACACAUCCUCCAGGCUGCAGUGCCCGUGGCCCGCAUUGAGUUCCUGGAUGACGUCAUGAUGGAUGCCUGCAACAGGCAUAGCAAGCUGAACUGCUGCGUGGCGCCCACGCUCUUCCUCGAGUUCCACGGCUCCGAGCAGGCGCUGGCAGAGCAGGUGCAGCGCACAGAGGAGAUCAUCCGGCACAACGGAGGCUCUCACUUCUCCUGGGCCAAGGAGGCGGAGGACCGCAGCCGGCUCUGGGCAGCGCGGCACAACGCCUGGUACGCUGCCCUGGCGCUGCGGCCGGGCUGCAAGGGCUAUUCUACCGACGUGUGUGUGCCCAUCUCCCGGCUGCCGGAGAUCCUGGUGCAGACCAAGGAGGACCUGCAGGCCUCGGGACUCACAGGAACCAUCGUUGGGCACGUGGGUGACGGCAAUUUCCACUGCAUCCUGGUGGUAGACCCGGAGGACCACGAGGAGCUCCUCAGGGUCAAGGCCUUUGCAGAACAGCUGGUCAGGCGAGCACUGGCACUCCGUGGCACGUGCACAGGGGAACAUGGCAUCGGUCUGGGCAAGCGGCAGCUGCUGCAGGAGGAGGUGGGCACGGUGGGCAUUGAGACCAUGCGGCAGCUCAAGGCCACGCUAGACCCCCGAGGCCUCAUGAACCCAGGCAAGGUGCUGUGAGGGGCUCGGAGCACCUGGCCCACAAGCCCCCAGAGAGUGGCACCUCCUGUUCCGGAACCUGUUUUCCUGCCAUGGAACAGCUCUGCCUUUGCCUGGACCCUGCAGGGGUCUUCGCCAGCCCGCUAGCCCUUUCAUCCCAGCCGAGGCCAGAGAGAGGAGGGAGAAGCCUGGUCGGCUGUCUUCUCCCUGGCCCUCUUGCUGGCCUCAGGAGCCUUUGGUCCAGUAAAUGGCUCAGGGUCAUUCCCGGUGAAGCUGCUUCCUCUCUGCUCGCUUACACAUCCUGUAAGGUGGUGUGGGUCAGUCACCCCAAAGACUAGGACAACCCCCCUCCAGCUUAGCCUCCCCACUGCCAGGGCAGGAGAACAAAGGCUGGGGGCCCCAGCACCUAUAGCCCAACUCCAUCUGCCUGGUGACAGGAAUGCUCCUUUGCUGGUGGGGGAAGGGACCUUCCGCUCCACACUCAUGACCCCCAAAAUAAACCUGAACCCCACGUGCAG